AUGGCCGGCAGCAACCUCUGUCCCCGGCCAAGGCUGGCUGCGGGUGCCCACGGCGUCACGUGGAGCGGGCACCAGCGGGGCUACCAGAGCCACCGGAGCCGAGCCGGGAGCAGCUGCGGUGCCGGACGGAGGGAUGGACGGACGGAUGGACAGGUGGCCCAGGUGGCCCAGUCCCAGGUGGCCGUUUCCCGUGUCCCUGUCCCAAGGGUCCCUGUCCCAGGCAGGCUGCGGCAGGCGGGCGUGCCCUGUCCCCAGGCCAGCGUCGGCUCCACGCCGUCCUGCAGCCACCCGGUGCCGGAGAUGGCCCAGCUCACCGAGCUCCACCCGGGCAACUACCUCUUCUACGACCUUCAGCAGACCCUGCUGGGCUCCUGUCACCCGGAGGAGGUGGCCAUCCGUGUCCUCACCAGGGUCAUCGGUCACUACCCCCACCGCAACCAGCUGCUGGUGGACUGCGGGUGGGCCGCCCUCAGCCUCCACGGCCGGGACCAGGCGCCCACGGGCUGCGCCGCCCUCGAGGGGCACCCUCAGCUCAGGCUGGUGGGGCUGACGCAGGAGCACGGGCAGGUGGAAGCCAUCGAUGGACGGUUGGAUUUCGGGCGCUUCCCGUUGGGCAGCAUCCUGGCUCUCAUCCCCUUCCAUGCCUGCGCCACCGCCGCCAUGCACCCCGUCUACUACGUCCACGCUGGGGGGAAGGUGGUGGAGCUCUGGCACCCCGUCCGCGGCUGGUAG